AAUUUGGAGUCACGUUGAGGUCCCCGCGGCGUGAAUAUAGGAAAUCAAAGUGAUUGUCAUAAUCUAUGUGCGUGUUGUUUUGGAGUUAACAAAAAAUGGAGGUUCAGCAAUGGUGGAGGCUCAGAUUCUCCUUCAGGAAUGCAACCAUGUUUGUGUGUUUCCUCAACAUAAUCACUGUAAUCUUCUUGCUUCAUGCCUUUCUCACUUCUGCCUACACCCGCAACAAAUUCUCCAACGCUAACUCAAACUCAGAACUCAGUUACAUUAAGGAAUCUGAAGAGAUUCGUCUUGCCAUGUUACCAGUGGAGCUGAUAAAAAGGGUGAGGGAGAUUGAGCAGGAAGUAUACACCGAACCAGAAACAGCCCAGAAGAAGGACACAAAGCAGACUGCUGCUGUUGAUCUGUCCAAAAGGUUAAAGGAUUUCCGUACCUUGAAUGAUGCUGCCAGCUUGAAAGCUUUGGAGGAAUGGCGUAAAAGGAAGAUGGAGAGGGCCAGACAAAGAGAAUUGGAGAAAAAUGGAACAACUUCCUCUCAAGCUUGACUAAUAUGUUCUCUGAUAUCAAGCGAAUGUUAACAUACUGAUUUAUAUACUUAGUGGGACAAAUAGUGAAUAUUGUAUAGCAUCUUUCAGAUUUCCGUAGUUGGUUCAUGUUAUAAAAGCAAUUUUCUUAUAUACAGAAUUCAGUUGUGAUUGAUACCAUUACUCAUCUUCUACUUUUAUAUUUUACACAAUAGAAUAAAUGACUUCU